AUGCCGAAGCGAGCUUUUGAGUCCACAUCUGUCAUGACGGCGGGCGCGGCUGGUGAUAGGCCACCUCCUCCAAAGGUGCAGAAGACAGAGCGUUCGCACGAGGAGAAUCAAGAACGUGCUUACAUCGCCGCCUCUCGAAGGGCCGACCGCAGCCUCGAGGCGAGGGUACAGUCGGCCAAGAUGGCUUCCGAGAUCCACCGCCGACGCACUGGCCGAGGCUUGAAGGUCAGCGAGGACAUUGUGGUCAAGGAGGAGAUGUACGAGGAAGAGGAGGACGAUAUCCCGCGUCACUUUAAGUACCUCACGGCUCACUUACAGACCGCCUCGCCCGAGAUGAACCACCGAGUGAGCGCAUACAUCUCCACGCAGGCCGCUCUGGCUACCAUGGCACGGUACCAGGAGGUGAACAAAUUGUUCAGCGAGUCUUUCCCCACUGCGGCGGCAUAUCAGCAACAGCUCAACAAUUCGAUUUACAUGGGCGGGCUGCUGAAUCCAGGUCCUUUCUCACCCGCGGUACCCGGGUUGGUUCCAGGGUCGGCGCAGGCUUCGCCAACCACGGCCCACCAUCCUGCACCAGUGCAGCCGCGGCUCGCCAACGAUAACGCCAGGAUGCCUUCCAGCACGUCGGUUAGUUCCACCGCCAACACAACGGCAGUCUCCACGCCACCUGCACUCAGCCCCGUCACGACCAACCCGGACACGCCCAAGUCGAGAAGCACCCCGUUUCAGGCUCCCGCGUCUGCUUUUCCCAAUCUCCACUUGGAUCCCCGAUUGGCGCAGCAGUCGACAUCAAGUUUCACCUCCGAGCUCCCCAACCAGGUCAAGAUGAUGGCCAAUGUUGACAUGAACGAUCCUCUGGCAAUGUCCUUCUUCGGUGGCAAUCCCUCGGCAUACCAGUUUGGCGCUCAUGAUGGCAACGCUUAUCAGUCCGAUGGGUUGAAGGCUGGGAGCCAGAUCGACCAGACUUCAUACCAUGAUGAGUCUUCGUACCAUGACGAGUCGGCAUAUCAGGAUCCGGAAUUGAACGAUAGCACCUACUUCUCGCCAAUUGAUGGCUCCUUGGGCUAUUUCGACGGCAUGUCCGCCCACAAUUACAGCCGAAUGGGUACGCCUGGUGGCGGCACUGGUGGUGAUGCAUGGGAGAGUUUCGUCGACUUCGGAACUGAGCAGUGA